UGAAUGAGUAACCAACAUUGCUUGAGAAUGAGUCGUGGCGUGCGGACGUACUUUUCGUGAUCGAUGGUCGAAGUGCAAAUAACAUAAAAGAAGCAAAAACAAAAAGCCAACAACAAAAGUGUGGAUAUAAAGCAGAAUAGUGUGUGUGUGUUUGUGGAAUCAGAGGUGCCGAAAAAUGCGGAAUUCCUCGCCGACGUCAACCCAUGGGUGCCAUCUUUACAGUAGGAGCACCGCUUCACUAUUGGCCGCCCUUCUGCUGCUGCUCCAACUCCUGGAGCAUGGGGCGCAUGCGCAGACGCAAAAUCAAGCGCCACACUUUGUGCCCGGCAGCGGCGAUAUGUCACGUUUCAGCUUGCUCGAGAACACGCCAGUCGGCAGUCCGGUCUAUCAGUUGCGCGGUAUCGACCCGGAGGGCAGCCGCUUGAAGUACAGCAUAUCUGGGCCAGUGUUCUCAGUUGACCGUGAAACGGGUGUUGUGCGCCUACGACAAGAACUUGAUCGCGAAACGCAAGACACCAUCGAGGUGAUCAUUAGCAUAACAGAUGAGGGCAUCUAUGGCACCGAACCAAACACGAUUUCAUUGCGUCGCGAAAUACCGGUGCGCGAUUACAAUGACAACCAUCCGACCUUCAUUGGGCGUCCCUAUUCGGCAAGUGUUAGCGAAUCGCUGGCGGUGGGCGGGGAAUUGGAAAUCAAACCACGUAUUAUUGCCAUCGAUCGUGAUGAGGGCAUCAAUGCCAUUUUGACCAUCAAAUGUGUACAGGAGAAUGAUAUUUGUGAUACGUUUGAUGUGCGUGCGGAACGUAUCUCUGAUGGUAAUUACACAGCGCGCGUCACGCUGAAAAAGUCGCUCGAUUACGAAAGCCGUCCGUCAUACAUAAUGACGGUGGCCGCGUCGGAUGGCGCGCUGGACAACCGAUUGACCUCAUUCGCCAGUGUCUCGAUCAACGUGGUUGACGUGCAAGAUCAACCGCCAAUCUUCACGAAUGCGCCGUACUCUGCCACGGUGGCGGAGAACACACCGGCCGGUGUGAGCGUAUUGACCAUUAAGGCGGUUGACGGUGACGUUGGCAUACCGCGUGACAUCACCCUCUCGCUGGAUGAUGAGCAUUUCGGUCACUUCGAGUUGGAGCCAUUUGGCGAUCCCAAGGAAGGCACCGCCACAUUGAAAACCACAAAUGUGCCAUUGGAUCGUGAGAAUCCGGAGAUAUUGCAAAACGGCGGCGUGUAUGUGUUCACCGUACGAGCCACAGAGCUGAUCGACGGUCAACCGCAAGCGGAUUACUCAACAACGCGCGUAACGAUCGUGGUCACUGAUGUGGAUGAUCAUAUACCAGAGUUCAAUGAAGACUACUUUAAUAUUUCCAUACCAGAGAACUUGGGUAAGGGUAUGGCAUUGCCGGGUUUGUCGGUAUUUGUAGAUGAUCGUGAUAUGGGUGACAAUAGCCGUUAUGAGUUGGCAUUGAGAGAUGUUAGAAACUCGAAAGAUAUCUUCACAGUGAGUCCUAAAGAAGCACAGGGUCGUACACCGGUAGUUGUACGAGUACUAAACUCUACGAAGCUGGAUUACGAUGUUGACGAUGCCACACUGCGACAAUUUGAGUUCGAGCUAGUUGCUUCAGUGAAUGGGGAGGAAAAAUCAAAAGCGAGUGUUCGAGUCAAUUUACAGGAUAUCAAUGAUAAUGCGCCCAUAUUCGAACAAAACACCUACCGCUUUGCCGUUCCGGAAAAUGCCACAAUGAACGAAGAGUUCGGUGUGUUCAAGGCUACUGAUAAGGACUCCAAUGAGUUUGGCAAAAUCACUUAUUUGUUGAAAGGCUUUGGGUCCGACAACUUUUUUGUGAACCCGGACACUGGUGGUUUUCAUGUGCAGAAGCCAUUGGACUAUGAGAAACAAAACAGUUACAGUUUGACAAUUGUAGCCAAAGAUGGUGGUGGUCUCGAGUCCAACGCGAUUCUCUAUGUAGAUGUGCUCGAUGUGAACGACAAUUAUCCAAUAUUCGAAAGCGAUGAGUAUACAAGAAUUAUUCGAGAAGGCACUGCGAGCUUCGAGCCUCAAUUCUUUAUACGUGCUCAUGAUUACGAUGGACCGACGCAGGGUGGCGGGCGUGUUAAGUAUGCGAUUGUAUCUGAGAAUAGUAUUUCGGGAAAUGUCUUCCAAAUUGAUGAAGAUAGUGGUGAGAUAACUUUACAUAAAUUGGCAAAAUCCAUGGACACCGAACGAGGUGAAUAUGAGCUCGUGAUCUCAGCAACCGACUUCGGUAUCCCACCCUUAACUAAUACAACACGAGUCUUAAUAAGGGUUGGUAUUAGUGGAAAUCAGCGUCCAAUAUUCAAGGGACACUUCCAGAAUAUCGAAAAUGUGCCAGUGCUUGGACCGCCUAGUUAUCGUGUUUCAAUACCAGAAAAUGCUCCUGCUGACUAUAAUGUGACCAUGGUUUCAGCACAUGACCCCGAUGGAUUUGACGAACUCCUAAGAUAUCGCAUUGUGGGAGCAAAUGAUAAUUUCGAAAUUGAUGAAAUGUCCGGUCUUAUUACCGUCUCUCCUCACGCGCAUAUCGAUCGCGAUGCCAACAUGGAUAGUUUUGAGAUUACUGUAAACGCCGUGGAUGCUGGCACACCCAUACCGGAAACAGCCACCACCACGGUAUAUGUCAACGUCAAAGACAUAAACGACGAGAAACCCAAGUUCGAACACGCCAGCUAUGCGGGUUACGUGUCUGAGCGCACAGAAGUGGGUGAGAGUGUGCUCAAAGUGCGCGCUAUCGACAAAGAUCUCUUCUCCAAACUGGAAUAUAGCAUCACUGGGGUGGUAAAAGCGACCACAAAAGCCGGUGUCAGUAUAACGAAUCGUAGUAACUACAAACCGGAGGAGGCCUUCCGCAUUGAUAGUGGAACAGGCGAAAUAUUUGUGAACAGCACGCUGAGGCAUGAUGUGGCAGCCGUGAUCACAUUCAGUGUACAAGUGCGCGAUCUCAACGCCGAAGUGGAUCCCGAAGGACAGAUUGAUACGGCGGAGAUAACAAUUUAUGUACAAUCUUUCAAAGACACAAACCCGGUGUUUAACAACAAAGGCUGGACCAGUUCGAAGCCGGUGAUACAUAUUGUGUUGAAGGAAGAAAUGCCAAUCGACAGUGCUCUCUUUAUACUUCAAGCUGAAGAUCCCGUUACGCAGACAGCGAUUACUAGCUUCCAACUCGUUGAACCCGACGAACUGGAAUACUUUCAAAUCAAUGAGCGCACAGGAGAAAUUAUAUUGAGAAAACGAUUGGACUACGAAGCACUCGAGGCAGGUAAAACUGACUUUGACUUCCAAAUCAAAGCCACUUCGGCCGAUGGUCAGCGCUCAACGAUCACCAGAGUUAAUAUAACUGUAGAAAAUGUGAACGACAAUAGUCCCAUAUUCGAGGAAUCAGCUUAUAAGGCAACAAUCAUUGAAAAUAAAAUGCAUCCAGAGAAAGUGGCGCAUGUUAGAGCGAUUGACAAAGACGCCGCGCUCAAUGAACGCGAUCAACGACUCGGAUAUCACAAGAUCGUGUAUUCGUUGCAGGGCGAAUACGCAGAGCUCUUUGAGAUUAAUAGCACCACCGGAGAAAUAGUUAUUGCCGUAAAUCAGACCGUUGAUCGCGAACGUACUCCACAUAUAUAUCUGCAAGUAAAAGCCGAGGACUCACCCGGACGACCUACAGACGCCAAACAGAGCACCGUCGACUUGACCAUUGAUGUGUUGGAUGUCAAUGACAAUGCGCCGGAGUUUAGUCAGAAGAACUACACGGGUGUCAUACCGGAGAAUGCGCCCGUCGAUGCAUUUGUGCUGAAAGUUAACGCUGACGAUCCUGAUGAUGGACCAGGUGGUGAAGUGCGAUAUGAACUGCUGGAUGAGGGCGAUGCAAAAGAUUUAUUUAAGAUCAACGCAGUAAGUGGAGAAGUGAAAAGUAAACGAGAAUUGACUGGUAAGGGCCGUUCACAGCCUUAUGAAUUGGUGAUAAGGGCACAAGAUAACGGUAAUCAAGUACCGAAACAAGAGUCGCUGGCAACAGAUGUGCCCGUCAUUGUGUACAUAGGCGACGUGAGUGCCAAUGAUGGUAUACCAUAUUUUGUAGCGCCCAAAUUGGGGCAAAUGGCUAAUGUGACAGAGAACUCUGCAAUCGGUUCACCAGUGUUCCAAGUCAUAGCGAGUGAUCCUGACAAUCCCAAUAUGCCUUCGGGUAUGCUCACCUACACAAUAUUGGAAGACACAGCUGACGCCGAAUCUUUUGCGAUCGACGAGAAGACUGGUCUUAUAACGACCCUGAAAUCCUUGGACCGCGAAGAAAAGGACACAUACAACAUAAUUCUAGAGGUGUCGGAUGACGGGCAGCCACGACAGUCGGUUACACGGAUAUUACAAAUUACAGUAAUAGACGUAGAUGAUCACUUGCCACAUUUUGUUCGCGAAGUUGACGCUGUGCCCCUGACUUUUAGCAUACUUGAGGAAGAGCCUGAGGGUACGGUUGUGGGCAAUCUCAGCGCCAUUGACGAGGAUAUAGGCGCUAAUGCACUCAUAAAAUACUCAAUAUUAGAAGGGAAUAACGAAAAUGUAUUCGUCAUUGAACGCACCGAGGAUAACGCGGCUAUUAUCAAAACCACCCGACCAAUUGAUAGAGAAUCAGUCGAAUCAUAUACAUUAACGGUGAAAUGCUUCAAGCAUAGUGAAAGCUUCUACUCAUUUGUAGGCGAUGAAUACGAACCUAAAGAUCUGUCUCACAUUCAAGUGACCAUCAGAGUGAUCGAUAUAGACGACAAUCUGCCGAAAUUCACGCACAAAGACGCCUCCAUUGGCAUACGCAUUAAUGUGCCCAUCGAUACAGUUAUAACCACAGUACAAGCGACUGAUCUUGAUGCCGAAGCGCCGCCGAUAGUCUACUCCAUCGAUAACGUCACCUUCGUGCCACAAUUCUACAAGCGUACGCGCAAGAUCGACUCGAGACCGUUGAAGAACCUAUUCACACUCAACAAUCGAACCGGCGAGCUGCGUACAGGCGGCUCUUUCUCCGACUAUGUAGAUGGCUACUUCCAGAUGAAGAUACGCGCCAACAAUUCGGAACGUGUGAAACGUCACACCUUCAACAAUUUAAAGAUUUUCGUUAUACGGGACAAAUCUUUGUUGAAAUUCGUUUUUGCCCGACCACCGUCCGAGAUUCAAGGCAUCAUACGUCCCUUCCAAGAGAAACUCCAACAGAAGUUGAAGCCGCUCGGUUUGGAACUGCACAUACUCGAUACACAGGUGUUGACACGUGCCGACUACACGUUGGACUUCACAGCGACCAGUUCGUGCUUCCAAAUGUUCAAAAACGGUGCGGCGAUCUCACUGCAAGAAAUGCAGAAGCUCAUGCAUUCCGAGCAGAUGAAGCAAGAACUCUUCGACACAUAUGUGGAGUACGGUGUGAGCGAGGUGGAGCUGUGUACGGUGCGUAAGCCGCAAGUCGCGGCGAGUAUGAUGACCUCAGCCGGCACUUGGCUAGUCAUAUUGGCGGCUUUUAUUGGUCUGGCUGCCAUUGUUGCGGCAUGUACGGCCUGCUGCCUGAAGAAAAAAUACAAAAAACACUCGAAACGCAGCUUGCAAGCCUCACGCGCUCCCACAGAACCCUAUACGGUGGGCAUGGGUGUGCCCACGCUCUACUAUUCGGAACCCAUCUACGGUCCCCUGUCAUAGCAACCAGUCAUUUGGACUAGUGUAGGCAAAUAUUAAUUAAAUUAGCGCAUAGAAUGGUUGACGCAAUUAGUCCUAAGAUUGUACUUUUAAAUUUCAAUAUAUCUAAGUCUAUAGGUCCCUCUAUUCUUAUGGUUAGUGAGCAAGACUGCGCAUAUUAUUUAAUUUUAUUGAACUAAGUCGGUGUGUAAAAAUUAAUAAUAUGCCUGUGAUUCAUUGUUUGUACAUUUAUUAUCUUUAUUAUUUGUAUGGUUAUGAUUUACUAUGUAAGUAACUUUAAAACGGAACAUGUCAGUUCUUAUAAGUUUUAAGAAAUCAAAUAUGUAUCUCCAGAGUGUAAAUAAAGAAUAAGUCGACUUAGUUAGCUAAGCAAGACAAAGUAAUCAAAAAAGAAUGCCUAAUUAUUAUAAAUCU